CAGUCGCCGACGAGAUUCAAGGGGCUUCUGCACGACUAGCUACGAGCCAGACGCUCGCCAACAGCUGCUGAGAACCGCAGUACUGUAGCAUCGUCCGUCAUGGGCUUUUUCAUCCCUGCCUCGCGAAGGCAGAAUCUGGCAAAGUAUGCCUACUCUGGGACAGAUAAAUCGCUGCUCUCGAGGUACCUGCUAACGCCAUACUGGAACUGGCUCGUCACGCUUUUCCCAAUGUCAUUCGCUCCAAAUUUGAUCACAUUGCUCGGCCUCGCGUUCGUUGGCGUCAACUUUGUCACGCUCCUCUACUUUGAGCCGACGCUGCAAUGUGUCGCCAAGCCAGUUCACAAGAGCUUGGGCGGCUCAUGGGACCCACUCUUUGCACCCUCGAAAGAGUCUUACGCGCAUGCCGGCCUGCGAUGGGUCUCGUCCAAGCUUGGCUUCAUCAAGUCUGUACCGGAAGAGGCUCUCCUGCAGCCAUGUCCAGGCAGCUGGAUGUACUUUUCGUUUGCGAUAGGUCUGUUCAUCUAUCAGUCUCUCGACGCGAUAGACGGCAAGCAAGCGCGAAGAACGGGCACGAGCUCUCCACUAGGCGAAAUGUUUGAUCAUGGUUGUGAUGCCAUCAACACCACUCUCGAAGUCAUCUUGACUGCCUCUGCGCUGAAUCUAGGGCAAGGCUGGUGGACAGUGGCUUCACAAGUCGCAACGCUGGCCAAUUUCUAUCUCACGACCUGGGAAGAAUACAAUACCUCUGUACUCUUCCUGAGCGCCUUCUCUGGCCCGGUCGAGGGCAUCCUCAUGAUUUGUGUGAUCUUUACCAUCACAGGCUUCAAAGGCCCGCAAUUCUGGGAUCAAGGCGUCUUGACGGUCACUGGGUUGAAGGACGUGCCGCAAGUCGCCAAGCUAGGCAUCAAGGACCUUCCCCUCAACGACGCCUUUCUUGUCUUUGGCCUUGCCGGCUUGCUCUUUAACAUUAUCUCGAGCUAUGCCAAUGUCGUGUCUGCUCGCAGAAAGGCAGGCAAGUCGACUUUGACACCUUUGUUCGGCCUCUUGCCCUUUGCCGUCACGGCUACACUCAAUGUGUUAUGGCUGCGAGGCACACCAGCCAUCCUACGCGAACAUCUCAUCACAUUCUGCGCAUACUGGGGCAUCAGCUUUGCUUACCAGGUCGGCCUACUCAUCGUCGCUCACGUCACCAAGGGGCCGUUCCCGUACUACAACAUGCUCAUGAUCGUAUCUGCGCUGGGUGCACUCGAUUCGGUGAUGGAAAUCCAGCCAUCGAAGCAGCUGCUGGGCAAUGAUGGCCCGCUUGCGCUUGUCUACGUCGCGCUCGGCCUCGCUCUCGCAUUGUAUGCCUUCUUCGUGCUCGAUGUCAUCUAUGACGUGUGCGAUUUCUUCGAUAUCAAUUGUCUGACGAUCAAACGGAAAGAACCGAAAGGAAAGGAAGCUGUCAAGUCGGCUAAAGGGGGAAAGAAGCAGUAGAACUAUUGCGCAAGAUAGAUCUAUACCCGUUCGCAGUGAUACAAGCAACAUGCAUUUGGGGUCUGUCUCUCGUGCAAGGCCUCGUGAUCGUGAU